UCAACAUUUCCUUUCUCUUUCGGAGCAGAGAGUAGCUCGAUGUCACUUGCAGCCACGUGCGGAUACCAUUAAGCCUGUGUUGGAUUAUCGAAGCUCAUCUUCCAUCAGUGUCCGUCAGUGUUGGUCAAUCGUCAAUUCGUCACUUCAAUCUGUCCGACACGGGCUUUAUUGUUAGAUAUACAUAUGACUACUUGAGGCAAAUGUGUAAAGGGAACGUGAACUUUCCAAGUAAUAUCUCAAUACAAAGAGCCUAAAAAAAUUUCAGAAGCAUGUCCACGUAAAUGUGAAUACCGUGGAAGUAUCGUCGUGCGGCUGAUUCGCAGUCAAUCAUAUUUAUUCUGAAUCAUGUCGCAAUACGAAGAUGUCAUUUUGGAAGACAAAGAAAAAGAAGAAAAUUUAUCGGUAGAUUUAGGAGGAAUGCGACAUCGUAUCCCAUGGAGCGAACGUGUAUUGUUAAAUAGUGAGAUACCAGGUUUAUACGAAGUAAAAGAAUUAUUAGAGGAUGAUGACGCAAGUUGUCUGGCAGAAGAGGAAGAUGGAGUCGGGUGUCCAUUACCAUCGACGCCAGAAGAUGAUCAUCUUCUGGAUUGUGAGAUGACUGAAGUAUUAAAGGCGGGAGUACUGAGUGAUGAAAUCGAUCUAGGUGCACUAGCACAUAAUGCAGCGGAGCAGGCCGAGGAAUUUGUUCGAAAGGUAUGGGAGGCAUCAUGGAAACAGUGUCACUUUAGGAAUCUACCAAGAUGGUUGCAAGAUAAUGAUUUCUUGCAUGCUGGUCACAGACCGCCAUUACCUUCAUUUUAUGCAUGCUUUAAAAGCAUUUUUCGAAUUCAUACAGAAACUGGCAAUAUCUGGACACAUUUACUAGGCUGUGUUGCCUUUAUUGGUAUAGCUAUAUUUUUUCUAACGCAACCUCCUAUAGAAAUUCAAUUGGAGGAAAAAUUGGUAUUUGGUACCUUCUUUGCUGGUGCUAUAAUUUGCCUAGGAAUGUCAUUUGCCUUUCAUACAGUUCAUUGCCACAGCGAAUGUGUGGGAAAGCUGUUUUCAAAGUUAGAUUAUUGUGGAAUAGCUAUGCUUAUUAUGGGUAGUUUUGUACCAUGGCUUUAUUAUGGAUUUUAUUGCGACUAUCAACCUAAGCUAAUUUAUUUAUCUGUGGUGGUUGUUCUUGGUAUAACCAGUAUUGUAGUUUCAUUGUGGGAGCGAUUUGGUGAACCAAACUAUCGUCCACUUAGAGCUGGAGUUUUUAUGGGUUUUGGACUUAGCGGGGUAAUACCAGCUGUACAUUACGCUGUCGCCGAAGGUUGGUUCAAGGCGAUUAGCCAAGCAUCCCUCGGAUGGUUAAUAUUAAUGGGAUGUUUGUACAUAUUAGGCGCGUUAUUUUAUGCUUUAAGGGUACCUGAACGUUUUUUCCCAGGAAAAUUCGAUAUUUGGUUUCAGAGUCAUCAAAUCUUCCAUGUAUUAGUAAUUGCAGCUGCUUUUGUUCAUUACCAUGGCAUUACAGAAAUGGCAAUGCAUAGAAUGACAAUAGGCGACUGCACAAAUCCAUCGCAGGUGUUGGCUUUUUAAACCUGCGGGCACACACUUUCAUCUUGUUGAUAACUUUCAUAUGUCAUUAAUCUAAUUAAAAAAGACUACAAAGAUUCCUAAAUCUUACGCUAGCAUAUUUGUGAAAGAUAUGGUAAACAUAAAGUAGAAUGGAUAUAUUUAAUUU